AUGUCCAGUUUCGCAAACGCCAACAUCGAGGAGGUCGUCGAGCAGCUCACUGUUGAUGAAGCCAUCCUCCUAACCGCAGGUGUCGGUUUCUGGCACACCCACCCCGUCCCUCGUCUCGGUAUCCCUGCGAUCAAAGUCACGGACGGCCCUAAUGGUGCUCGCGGGAACUACUUCUUCAUGAGUACUCCCGCCAAGUGUCUUCCUAGUUCCACCGCGAUGGGCGCCACCUUCGACACCGCCCUCAUGGAGCGCGUAGCUCGCGAGCUCCUUGCCCCCGAAGUCAAGCUCAAGGCUGCUUCCAUCAUCCUCGGCCCCACCUGCAACACCCAGCGCAACCCGCUCGGUGGCCGCUCCUUCGAGUCCUUCUCCGAGGACCCGCACCUUUCUGGCAUGAUCGCUGCGGCAUACUGUAAAGGUGUCCAGGCUGGUGGUAUCGGCGCAUGCAUCAAGCACUUUGUCGGAAACGACAAGGAGAACGACCGCUUCGCGUACGACUCGAUUAUGACCCCGCGCGCUCUGCGCGAGAUCUACCUGAUGCCGUUCAUGCUCGCGGAGAAGUACGCGAAGCCGUGGGCUUACAUGACUGCCUACAACCGCGUCAACGGAACGCACCUUUCAGAGAACCCCGCAAUCAUUCGCGACAUUCUCCGCAACGAUUGGGGAAGCGACGCGAUGGUCAUGAGCGACUGGUUCGGCGUGUACUCCAUCGACGGCUCCAUCAACGCUGGUCUCGAUCUUGAGAUGCCUGGUACCAACAAAUGGCGGUCGCUGGAUCUCAUGAACCGCACGAUCGCGUCGAGGAAGAUUACCAUUCGUACAGUGAAGGAGCGCGCGACCAAGGUCCUCCAGCUGGUCCAGAAGUGUGCCAAGGGUGCCCCCGAGGUUUUGGACGGUGACCAUGAGGAGCGGACGGGUGACCGUCAGAGUGGCCGCGAUAUCAUGACUGACCUUGCGACUCAGUCCAUUGUUCUUCUCAAGAACGAGGGCGGGCUCUUGCCUCUGAAGCCCAAGGAACAAGGAAUCAAGAAGAUCGCUAUCAUCGGCGGGAAUGCAAAGGCCAUCGUCUUGAGCGGUGGUGGAUCCGCCGCUCUCAAGCCCAGCUUUUUCGUGUCGCCCUACGAGGGUCUGGCCUCCGCGAUUGGCAAGUUGGACAAGGAUGUCGAGAUCACCUACGGAGAGGGUGCUCGGGCAUACAUGCAGCUUCCAACGCUUGAGAAUGAGCUCGAGACUGAGGACGGCCAACCUGGCUGGACGGGCCACUUCUACUCACACGAGGAUGAUGAGAGCAUGACGGCCCUGAAGGACCCGAAGGUGACGCGAUACAUCGAUGAGACGCGUGUCUUCCUCAGCAUCGACUACCCGAAGGAGCUCACGAAGCGCUUCACUCUCCGCCUGCGCGGCUUCAUGAAGCCGCGCGAGAAGGACACCGAUUACGAGUUCGGCCUUCUCUCGGCCGGUCGUGCGAAGCUCUUCAUCGACGGCAAGGAGGUCAUCGACAACUGGACGCGCCAGAUCCGCGGCGAUGCCUUCUUCGCCACGGGCUCGACUGAGGUCUACGGCACCACGACUCUCAAGGCGGGCGUCAAGCACGAGGUCCUCGUCGAGUUCAUGAACGUCCGCGCGCCCUCAGACUCGGACCCGAUCGAGGCCCUGAUGGACACCAACGCCGGCGUACGCCUCGGGGGGCAAGUGGUCGAGCACCCCGACGAGCUCAUGGCCGCCGCGGUGAAGCUCGCGUCGGAGGCGGACGCGGUCAUCGCCGUCGUCGGCCUGAACGCGGACUGGGAGACGGAGGGGUACGACCGGACGACGCUCGCGUUGCCCGGGCGGACGGACGAGCUGGUGCGCAAGGUCGCCGCGGCGAACAAGCGCACGAUCGUGGUCACCCAGAGCGGGUCGAGCAUCACGAUGCCGUGGGCGGACGACGUGCCGGCGAUCGUGCACGCGUGGUACGGCGGGAACGCGACCGGGGACGCGAUCGGCCGCGUCGUCUCGGGCGAGGUCAACCCGAGCGGGCGCAUGAGCCUGACGUUCCCCAAGCGGCUCGAGGACGUCCCCAGCCAGGGCCACUUCCACCACGAGCACGGCACGGUGUGGUACUCGGAGGACCUCUUCGUCGGCUACAAGCACUUCCACCACCGCGCGAUCGAGCCCCAGUGGCACUUCGGCCACGGCCUCUCCUACACGACGUUCGAGUACUCGGACCUUACCCUCACCGCGCCCGUCACGGCCGACGGCGACGUGCGCCUCGCGGCGACGAUCACCGUCGCGAACACGGGCGCGCUGGCGGGUACGGACGUCGUCCAGCUCUACGUGUCGCUCCCGGCGACGUCCGAGCUGACGCACCCGCCGCUGAUGCUCAAGGCGUUCGCGAAGGUGUCCGUCGCGCCCGGCGCGCGCGAGACCGUCACGCUCGCACUCGACAAGUACGCGGUCUCGUUCUGGGAGGAGCGCAUCCGCCGCUGGGUCGUCGAGCCGGGCGUGUACCGCGUGCGCGUCGGCCGGAGCAGUGCGCCCGCGGAGCUCAAGCACGUUGCGGAGUUCAAGAUCGCGAAGCGGUUCGAGUGGACGGGUGUGUAA